UGCUACAGCUGCCAGGCGUGCGUGCCCGACCGAGGAGCGAGACUUCCGGAUCUCGCUCGCUGCGGUUCACAAAGCUCUGCUCGAGCUUUUUUUCUCCCUCUUUCACUCGCUUCUUGGCACCUCUAUGUAUGCGUCUCUGAUAUCUGCUAUUGUUGUUGCUCUGCGCUUCGACUACUGCUAGAUCUGUCCCGUCGUCUGUCCUUCUCUCAGUGCUAAACUCAGUGAUCUUUUGCAAGAGAAAUAACAAAAUAAAAAACUGUGUUUUUGUACGUAUAGAUAACAGUGCGUCGAUCGAUAUAUGCAACCGCUGCUCUGCUCUCGCAACCUUGUGAACCUUAGUGGAUCGUGGCUGAUCGUGCUCGACUACAAUAAUUAGCUUACAACAAAGCCGAGGAACACGUAGUGCAAAUCGUUUUUUUUUUGUGUUUUAACUGUGAAAAAAAAGUUUUAACGUGGUGGUGUGCUUUGCCGCGCCCAGUGCCUUUUCAUUUUUCUACGUUGCGAUAACUUCAUCGUCGCAAAAAAAUAUUAAAUGUGUGCGAGACAAAAUCAAAAUCUGCCUCCAAUGUCUUGGGGUGUUUUAAGAUUACCCAUGAGUGGUGUCAGCAGGUGUGUAAAUUUGUGUUAAAACGACAAGCAAUUUUCUAAUUACAAAAUAAAACCGAUUAAUUAAUAAAUUGUAAUCAGCGGCGUCGCGCGAGUGAAUCAAAUGAAUAAUAAAGAGUGACAAAAGUUCUUUUCUGACGUAUACGACGUAAACGUCAGGCUCUUGCCUCGUCAGCUCUCCGAUCCCUGCGCUCGCUCAAAGUUUAUCGUUAAAAAUACAUAAUAAUAAUAAUAAUAAUAAUAACCAUAAAACGUAUAAUAAAGCGACUGUGUAUUAAAGUUUCAUCAGCUGCAGAAGUGGUUUUAAUAUCAAGUGCAGCACCGCGUUGUUGAAACAAUAAAACAAAAAGCAAGCAAAACAAAAAAAAAACAAAACAAAAAAAACGCCAAGAUCACCGACUCCGAAUCGGUGCUCAUCAUUGUUUCAUCAUUGGGUCUGUCGUUGUCGCCAGCGGCUGCAGAUCUGCACGCUGCGGCAGUAUCCAUCGCAAAUCUGGAUACUCUAGCUUCAGCUCAACCUCCUGCGCCGCUUGCUUUGUCCCAUGACAGAAUGGCGUUAGCUCGGCUUCCGGUGAGCGACUGUGCGCCACAAACGUCGCGGGUCAGCUCGAAUUUACAUUCGAAUAGUAGUAGUAUGGCGGUGAGUCGUGUACCAAGCCCACCACCGCCCGAAGUCAAUACUCCAGUUGCAGAGAACUGGUGUUACACACAGGUGAAAGUGGUCAAAUUCAGCUAUAUGUGGACGAUAAACAAUUUCAGUUUUUGUCGAGAAGAGAUGGGCGAGGUUUUAAAAUCUUCAACAUUCUCGGCAGGAGCCAACGACAAACUCAAAUGGUGUUUACGCGUUAAUCCAAAGGGUUUAGACGAAGAGAGCAAAGAUUAUCUGUCGCUGUACCUACUGUUAGUGUCGUGUAACAAAUCAGAGGUCAGAGCGAAAUUCAAAUUUUCUAUUCUUAAUGCCAAAAGGGAAGAGACCAAAGCUAUGGAAAGUCAACGUGCUUACAGGUUCGUUCAAGGCAAAGAUUGGGGGUUCAAAAAAUUCAUCCGGCGAGAUUUCCUACUCGACGAAGCAAAUGGUUUGCUACCCGAUGAUAAACUCACGAUAUUCUGCGAGGUGAGCGUAGUAGCCGAUAGCGUCAAUAUUUCCGGUCAAAGCAACACGACGCAAUUCAAAGUGCCAGAAUGUAAAUUACCUGACGAUCUUGGCCAAUUGUUCGAAAGUCAAAAGUUUAGCGACGUCACGCUCACGGUCUGCGGCAAGGAAUUUCAAGCACACAAAGCCAUAUUGGCCGCGCGGAGUCCUGUGUUCUCCGCUAUGUUCGAGCACGAAAUGGAGGAAAGAAAACAGAAUCGCGCGGACAUCUCGGACGUGGAGCAGGACGUCUUUCGGGAGAUGCUGCGCUUCAUCUAUACGGGCAAAGCGACGAACCUAGAAAAAAUGGCGGACGAUCUGCUCGCGGCAGCUGACAAAUACGCGCUGGAUAGGCUCAAAGUCAUGUGCGAGGAGGCAUUGUGCUCGAGUCUAGCAAUCGACAACGCUGCCGAGAUCCUCAUCUUGGCCGACCUACACAGCGCCGAUCAGCUAAAAGCGCAAGCGAUCGACUUCAUUAAUACGCACGCGACGGAUGUGAUGGAGACGGCAGGAUUCAAGUCGAUGAUCGGCUCGCAUCCAAAUCUCAUAGCUGAGGCUUUUCGGGCUCUCGCGACGCAACAGAUGCCGCCACUCGGUCCACCCAGGAAGCGAGUUAAACAAAGCUGAAAGCAAUCAUCGCUGAUCCAGCAGGCAGUCGGCGGCGGCGGUCCAGCUAGCACGAACUCGACGACGAGUACGACUCACGCUAGCGCGACUGUCGCGACGAAUUCACCGCUGCCUACACAUCCGCCUUCGUCGUCUUGAGACUUUUGUGUAUAGUGAAACAAUUGACGAGCGUAGUAAUUUAUUCAUUUUUCAUUAACGAAAAAAGAAUGAACAUAGUUUCUGUGCGUGUGUCAAAUAAUCUCGAUGGUCUAAAUCGUAUUCUGUGUUAAUCGCGUGAAUCAUAUGAUAUUUAUUGUUCGCUCUCUCCCUCUCUUCUUCUCUGUCUUUACCUUUAACUCUGCAUUUCUCUGUUUGUAUGCAUCUGUGAUUGUCCAUCUGCUUUAUCGCCAGUGUGCUCUCUAUACGUUUUUUCGCGUGAAAACAAAAACAUGUACAAUUUGGACGUCGAUGAAUACUUUUCUUAGUAAUUGAUGGGAGAAAAUGUGGAUAAAGAGUUAAAGGAAAGUUGAGAGCUGAGAGUUGUUGUGUCGUGAACGAAAGGCUGAUGACUUUGAUAGUCUACCGAGUUUGACAUUCUACCGAGUAAAAACGUAUGAGAAAGGUAGUUAUGUCGAGUUCACCGAUGAUCAUCAUCUUUGGUGUAGAAUUGGUCUUCUUAUCCUCAUUUUCCUGUUGGCCUCUAUGCGACACUUCGGACGAUGCACCUACUCACACUAAGAACUCUAUUGUUAUAUUUACGUUGACAACACCAAUCGUGAAAGUGUGAACGAUGAGGAGUACGUUUUGAAAUUAUUAGAGGACCAAGAGUGAUAGAGAGUUCGCCUAAGAAAAUAAACUGUUUUACGAUAAAUGAUAAUGAUGCUGAUAUGUUAAGGCGUCAGCUAAAGACGAUUAUAAACGUUUUGUUCCUUUGUCAGUGGAUCAAAAUGCGAAAAUUCACAUUGCGAAUGAUAGAAAAUAAAGCUAAACAAGAAACUCCCGUACAAAUAAACGAUUGUGAACGACAAAAAUUAUAAGAUAAAUUGUGAAAGCAAAAUGAUUAUUUCGAUGUCGAUUUAUCAUUUUACGUAAGACCCCACGAAUCUGGGUCAUUAUUUAAUGUAAUCCUUCUCGUCUGGAAGGCUGUAGAAUUCUUCGUUUAUUAUUAUAAUUACGAUUACGAUUAUUACGAUACAUAAACCAGAUAGUAAUUUUUAAUUGUAAAUCAUCGAACUCUUCCAAUAAUGGAGUAAAUGAUUUUAGUUAGUGUUUUGUAUGAUCUCUAUCUCUCAAUAUGUAUGAUUAUUAUUACUAUUAAUGCUAUGCGCAAUCCUGGGCCCCGUAAUUUUGUAUAUUUUUUGCCUGCAGAUGAAUUGUCCUAACUCAAAAAUUAUAACUGAUUUUUAUUUUUAUUAUUCAAUUUUUUUUUCGUUCAAACCUCUAAUUAUUGAUCAACAAGACGAACAUUUUGGAAAUUAUUGUUUCUACUUUUAAAAUUAAAUUCGAAGGUUGUCCAUAAUCAAAAAUGGAGCACUAUAUGUUGAUUCGUGACAAUAUAGUCAAAUAAAAUCUUUUUUUUCCAGCUAAGUUGUUGAGAAAACAUAUUAUCUGGAACUCGAUUGAAGAUUAAAUGUAUAUAAAACCAAUUGUUUAUUAAAAAUGUCACAUACAAUUAAAA